UCAAUGUCAAGAUUGUCAAGUCAAGCAGUGGGAGUGAAUUUGUGAUAUAUACAUUUAGUCUAGUAAAUUAAGCAAUUUUUUAGUUACUUAUUCAUUGAGUUUAAAUUAUAAUAAAUAUCUUCUUUAUUUUGUACAAUAAAAUGUCGGAAAACUAUGCAGACAUGGAUUUCAAUGAGAUUCGUGCAUUGCUUCGCAAGUGGCGGGAAGGCAAUGAGAGAAAGAGUGAAGAGAUAUUAGCAAUAGAUAAACAAUUGGCCCAAGAUAAAUUUAAAUUAUUACCAGUCAAUGAACAAUACAUAGUGCUGGAGCAAACAUUCUAUGCAGCGUUGGACUGCCACGCCUAUGCUGAUGCAGGAUAUAUUUUAGCCAUCCUGAUGCAAGACUUUGCACCUGAUAGUUUUCGUGUGUGCAAACACCAUAUUGCAUUGUUGGAAGCUGAGGAAAAAUAUGACACAGCAUUGAAACACCUGAACAGCAUGAUUGAAAUGGAUGAAACAAAUGCUGCUAUCCGUAAGAGGCGGGUCACCAUCUUCAAAGCGCAAGGGUUGAUUGUAGAAGCUAUCAAAGAAUUGGUGGAUUAUUUAAAAAAAUUCAUGUCAGACUCGGAAGCCUGGCAAGAGCUGUGCGAGCUGUACCUGGAGGUGCAGGAGUACUCCCGCGCAGCCUUCUGCGCGGAGGAGCUCCUCCUGCAUCAGCCCCACAACCAUCUGAUGCACCAGCGGCUCGCAGACAUCCGGUACACCAUGGGUGGCGUGGAAAAUAUGGAGCUAGCCAAGGCGUACUACUGUCAAGCUUUGAAACUAAACCCAGACAACAUGCGGGCACUGUUGGGGCUAUUUUUGGUGACAAACAACCUCCUCAACCACUACAAGUCGUCAGGCAACAGCUCCAAACGCAAAGAGGUAUGGCGUCUCUGCCAGUGGGCUCAGUCGCGGGCUACGCGCAAACAGACUCCCCACACGCCGCUCGCCAACAUGAUGCUGGCGUUAGCUAUCACUGACUAAAUGUUACAGUGAUAAUGAUGAUAAUAACAUUUUUAUUUAACAUUUUGGUAACCAUAGAAAUAUGUAUAUAUAUAGGUGGAAAUGUUAUUAGGGCGUGAACAGCGUGCCUAAAUUAAGACUCAAGAGUCUUAACUGGAAACAGUAUAUACCUAAGUAUCUAAUUUAAACCAGAGACUGCAUAAGCGUGAGAUUUGUAACGAGGGAUUUUUCAUUUUUUAAAAACUUAAUUUCAACGCCCCCUCCACGUCAGAGCAGUUAGAACCACACCUAAUUCUAAACAUGACCCGGCACAUAAGUUGAACCAAAAAAUGCCUAAUGACACUAGCGUUAGCUAUUAUUCAAUGUUAUUUGUUUCAAACAAUUUUUGUGACUUUGUCUCAUCAUUCCGUUCUGUGGUUGCAACACAGCCUGCAAUUUUAUGUAAUAAAAUUAAUUUAAGUUAUAUUAGUGAUAUGUAUAAGGACAAAGAACGCCUUUAUUAGAAGAAUUAUUCUUUCAAUAUAAUAUCCCUUUGUUUGUUACAUAUUGUAUGAUUUUAUUUAAAUUUAAAGAUGGAAAUGGAUAUCAACUAUUAUUUGAUUAAACAUAAUAUGUUAA